GGAUCAAGAGCGAGGCGGUCGCUUGAGUUGCCAGUGUCUAUUUAUAAGAAGAAUUUUUCUGCUGAUUCUUCUUCUUGUCGGAAGGACGUGGCAGGUAUUCGGCAAUUUGUUAAGUCUUCCCCCAGAAGUUGACAGCAGUCUUCGAAGUCCUUUUCAACGCAAACCGGAGAUAGAUAUAUCUAGACAUCAUGGCAGCUCAGGUUCAUGAAUUUACCAUGGAAAUGACAUGCGAAGGUUGCUCUAAUGCUGCUAGCCGUGUGUUAGGAAAAUUAGGAGACAAAGUUUCAGACGUCAACGUAGACUUGGCCACAAAGAAAAUAACUGUAACAAGUGCAAUGACAUCAGAGGAGCUCACAGAAGUACUGAAGAAGACUGGAAAGGAAAUCAAACACAUUAGUUCCAAGAGUGUAUAAGUCAGCAACAUUUUAUUUUUUCCAUGAUACUUUUCAUAUUUGCUUUUUCCUAUUAUCAUGUAGCAGGUUUUACGUAAGCCUUGUAAGCAAAUUCCUGAUAGUGAAUUUGGAGUUUGGGUUCUGAAGGAAUUUAAAUUGGCACUUAAACAUAAAUUCAAAAGUUCAAACAUGUUUAAAGAUUUGCUUUUUUGAUAACUGUCGGAAGUUAUUUUUAGUCAGGGCUUCAUAAACAGUGAUAUAGUGUUUAGGGUUAGUCAUUAGUAUUACAGGUAUCACAUUUGACUACAGUUGAUACUUACUGCAGCUUUUUCAAUACUCUUUAGUGUAAUAUAGUAAAAUUUCUUUAUACAUUAGAUGUUGUCUCUAUUAAUUAAUAUUCUUGAAGUCAAGCACAAUAUUAACAUUCCAUAACUGUUGUUGAUUGUGAGCAUUAUAAUUUAAAAUUUUGAAGAAAAAAUUGAGACAACCAUUGUGCAGUGUUUUCUACAUCUUUAUGGAAAAAUUGUAAAGCUACAUAAUCCUACAUUUUUUAAUGGAGAGUAAAGGGAUUAUCUUGUUUGCUGCAGAGCAAUUUUCUUUAUUGUUGGUUUUUUCAAGGUUUUUGAUGGUUAGUGAAAAGUUAGUGUUAGUCUAAUGUUUAGUGACUAAUAAUUGCCACUACUGGUAAGUGCACUAAAUGUACUCAAGAAUUAGCAGCUUUUCAUAUUUUCUUGUUGUGCAUUAAUAUUUUUGUAUCCCCUUAAGUGGAUUUCGCAAAGCAUCCUGUUCUCUUGAAAAUAUAAAGGUGAAUAUUCA